AUGGCUGGGAACAUCCUCAUCAUGGUGCUAGUUGUGACUGAUCAGCACCUUCACACCUCCAUGUACUUCUUCCUGGGGAAUCUGUCCUGCUUGGAGAUCUGCUACACCUCCACCAUCCUACCGAGGAUGCUGGCCAGUUUCCUGACUGGGGACAGAACCAUUUCUGUAACUGGUUGCCUAAUACAAUUAUAUUUCUUUGGUUCUCUAGUUGACACAGAAUGUUACCUCCUAGCUGCAAUGUCUUAUGAUCGGUAUUUAGCAAUAUGCAAACCACUGCACUAUGGAACCCGUAUGAAUAACAGGUUCUGCUUCCAGCUAGCAGCUGGCUCUUGGGUAAGUGCAUUUUUGGCUGUUAUCAUUGUCAUAAUUUUAAUGUCACGGUUAAUUUUCUGUGGCCCUAAUGAAAUUGACCAUUUCUUUUGUGAUCUCACCCCAAUGAUAAAACUGUCCUGCAGUGAUACCCAUAAGAUGGAAUUUGUGACCUUUUGGGGCUCUGUUUUAUUUACUUUACCUCCAUUUCUGUUGACCAUGACAUCCUACGUUUAUAUCAUAAUUGCCAUCCUGAGAAUCCCUUCCACCACUGGGAGACAAAAGACCUUUUCUAUCUGCUCCUCCCACCUCAUUGUGGUGACCAUUUUCUAUGGGACCCUGAUGAUUGUCUAUAUCUUACCAAAAACUGAGAAGCUGAGGGAGCUCAACAAAGUGUUCUCCCUAUUUGCUACACAGUCCUGA